AGCCAUCCCCUUAGCCUUUCGAGACAUGGCUCGCGCUGCCCUCUCUCUCGAGCCAUGCGCCGCCAGUGGCGAAGCCUCGAAAAGGCGCAUCGGGGAGCCGUGAUCCGCGUGCUGCAGUUCAACAUCCUGGCCGAGUCCCUGGCUGAAGGUUCCAGCGAGGAAGUCGUGCGGCCGACUGUGCCGGCAGGCCACUUCGCCGCUCCGGGCAGUGCCGGGUGCCACUACCACUCGCGCCUGGUUCACAGCUGCCACACCUUCCGCACGCUGAGGUCCCACCUCGACUGGGAAACUCGGAAGGCGCGGAUUGUGGACAUCCUGCUGCAAGCCCAGGCGGACCUGAUCUGCCUGCAGGAGGUGGACAACUUUGGUGAGCUGAAAGCGGCCCUCGAGGGAGCUGGUUAUGAGGGCCUCUUCUGCAAGAAGGCCUGGAAGAAGAUCCGGGACGGUAGCGCAGUCUUCUGGCUCCGCGAGAGGAGCCUCGCGACCAGAGCGAAUGUAUCGAUCGGUGUGACCUGGGCUUCUGGCAGUUUUCGGCUUUCCCAUGUGAAAAGGCAAACUUGCAGGCGACUGGCAGUCGCCCCCUUCAAUUUUUGGGUGCUCAAAAGCCGAAAUGUUCUAGUUGCCCAAAGGAAUACCACCGGACACCCUGAUUUCCGGGUCCUUUGGCAAGUGAGGAUGUCUUUGGAGCACUCGGAGUGCUUCCAGAUUCUGCCCAGCAGUGCCAUGACCGCGCUGCUGCUUCGCUUUUCUUUGGCCACCGGCGAGCGUGUGGUGGUUUGUGCGACCCACCUGAAGGCCGGCUUCUCCGCUGAGAUGGAGGAGCAUCGCCUGGCCCAGGCGACGGCGCUGGAGAAGCGGCUGCGGCACUUUGCGGGGAGGGAGGCCACCAUUUUGGCGGCCGACCUGAAUGCGCACUACGCGCCCUACGCGCUCUGCACGCCCAGCGCGUGUUGCGACCCCGAGCCCAGCGCUCGAGUGGAGCCCAAGACGGUGACCGCAUUGUUGGAGGCGGGGUUUCGCAGCGCCUACGGCUUCGGCGAAGCCGUCGCGAGCUUCCCGUCCUUCACAGCGUGGUCCGGGUGGCUGGACCGGGAUGUGAAGGCGGAUCUGGACUACAUAUUGCUCAGGGGGCCCGUGGUUCCGCUGGCUUUCUUGGAGGGUCCCGAGGAAGCUGCCGUGUUGCAAUGGCCUGAGCUGCUUCCGAAUCGGUGUUGGCCUUCGGAUCACAUACACUUGCUGGCAGACCUGGAGCUACUCUGAGCGUUUCAGCCGCGGCGUGUUCAAGCAAAGUUUGCGCCGCGCGUGGGCUGGAAGUGCUUGUUGUGCUUGAAGCAUGUUCAUGCUGAUCAGCGGAGUCACGUGCCUUGUUGGGUGCGGCGCUGCUGCGUAUCUGGAAGCUUGCAGAGAUUCUUUGGCUGCCAUGGACUGGCGUGAGAUUGGGAGCUUGACGUGUGCUGGCGUGUGGACAAACGCUGGAUCUGGCGAGUGGUUCGGCGCUGGCCUUGAACGUGUUGCUAGCGAGGUGUUCAAUCUAGCGUGGGCCAAUGGUUGCAGGGGCAGUGGGAGCUGCCGGUCAUGUUUGGUGCUGGUGCUGAUGAGUCAACCAGGGCUUGCUCCAGUCAUGGCCGACGGAGCUAGGGCGUCUGUGGCAACAUUGGACUCUGGGCACGGAGCUGUGCAGGCCGUGGACGGUGUUGCCUCCAGUUUUUGGGCUAAGCUGGGACUCCCGGCAAGGUACAUCAGCAUGCAGUGUUUGCACACCCACAU